AUGACAGGAGGCGGGUUUAACUUUCCGGCCUAUCUGAAGGAAAUAUUGGACAGAGGGACUGGAGCAAGUAGAUGCAGGGAUUCGGAGGGGGCUGAAUCAGGAAUCUGUAGGUUGAAGAUAAGGAGGGGCACGGAGCAGAAUCUGGUGAAGAUGGACAGGCAGCUUAAGGGGAUCAAGACUAUGAGCAUCGGGGCUGAGAACUUAUGGAAGUUUACGAGAAAUUUCUGUUUAGGUCUAGAGAUUUGGGGGAGAAAUUUGGAAGAGACAGAGGCGGCAGUGUAUUCCAUGAAAGAGAAACCCUGUUUACCCACGAGGACAGGAUAUGGGAGAAGUGGAGUUGUAGAUAUGGACGCGUGUCCGAUUCACAUAGACAAGUUAACUUGGAGUUCCUUUCAGACGCAGAGGGACUUAUGGAAUACUCAAGAGAAGGAUAUGACGAUGGCCGUCUGCAUGGAUGUGGUUUUUAUGAUAAUAACAGAGUUUCAAUUAUAUGGAAGACAGGGAGACUCUGGAAUCCAGACCCACCGCGACCAACCGUGUCAAAGUCUGUAUAUUAAACUAAAAGAGUGGGGUGGUGAAGAGAUAGCCGCACGUAUCAUGCGAGAGUGGUUUACUAGCAACGAGAGAGGUGGCGGAGGGACCAGGGCGUUUACGCUACAGGGCAGGGAUUUUUAUGAAGUCCUCUCGGAGUUUAUGUGGGGUGAUCAUCAUGGAGAUAAGAACUUGAGAUGUACAGCAGUGUUUGAUGGUGAGAGAAAUCCGAAGCAGGUCGUCUCCUAUUAUAAAACGGAGAAUAGUGAAGACAGCGGCGGUUUUAGUUGUGAGAAGGGGGGAGGUCUCUGUAGGUUAUUGCAUCAAUACCAGGAAAAUCUGGGGAAGGAUAGUACCAGAGAUGCAGAUCAAGUUCUGGAAGCUGUUUUUAAGGAUCACGCCCACCAUAAUUCUCCAGGGCCCACGUCCAGUUCUGCAACCGAGGAAUCUCAAUUAGGCCCUGCCAAGGAUCAAUGGAAAUCGACGGGGGGAGAAUUAUCAAGCGUAAAGGGAGCGUUAUUCCCAGAAUCCAACGGCGGAGGUGUGGGAAUGGUUCCGGGGAUAAUAGGGGGAGUUAUCUCAGGCCUCUUGGGUCUUUUGGGAGUUUUUGGUUAUUAUCGUAUAAUGUUUUCAGGACGUCGGACUGGCAGGGGUGAGUUGACACAGGGGAUAGGAUAUGGUUUCAGAAGGGAGGGUUAG